AUGUACAAAUAUCAAUUCAUUUAAGCAUAAUUUUCUUUUGAUGAUCCAACUUGCAGAUAUCUGGCCAAUUAAUUCACUAAAUAAAUAAAGAAAAGAUUAAGUCUAUUUCCAAAGCUUAAUCAUUAUAUUAGAUUUUUUGAAGAUAAAUUAAAAUGCAUUUUAUAAUAGGUUAAAUCUUUUAUAGGAGGUAAAUAAUUUUAAAUGAUAUGA